AUGUCAACCGUUAUCAUCGGAGGGGGCAUGAUCGGUGUCUCAAUUGCAUACUUUCUUUCAGCCAACCGAGCAAAUGACGAGAUCCAUAUCAUCGAACAAUCUCCAGAACUAUUCAGUUCAGCAUCUGGAUACGCAGGAGGCUUCCUCGCACGCGACUGGUUCGUGCCAGCACUGGCUUCCCUCGGAGCCCUUUCAUUCGACCUGCACCAUCAGCUUGCCACAGAGCAUAACGGCGAUAAGAAAUGGGGGUUCAUGAAGGGGAAUGCCUUUAAUUUGAACCCUGUGUCUCAUCAGAAAGAUAAUCGAGGAGCUUGGGUGCAUGAAGGUGGAAGUCGUGCGGAGGCGACUGCUUCACUAUCUACAUCAGCUGAAUGGCCUGCUUGGUUGACGAAGCAGGAUGGGUGUAUUCUCGAACGGAUCAAUGAAGGAGAAACAGUGGCACAAGUAGAUCCGUUGAGGCUGUGCCAGUUCCUUACGAAUGAGGCCCGCUCGCGUGGUGUCAAGCUACACAACCCAGCCAAAGCGACUACUAUAAUGAAAGAUGGGAAUGAGAUUGUUGGUGUGAAGAUCAUUGAUCUUGAAUCCAAGGAAGAGUCCGUCCUUCCAUGCACGAACUUGAUUCUGAGCGUCGGUGCUUGGACGCCGCAAGUCCUUCGGGAGCUUUUCCCUACUACACGAACAUCGUUUGAUCUCUCACCUCUAGCUGGUUAUUCUCUGGUCGUCCGCUCCCCACGAUAUACACUAAAAAAUGAGAGAAUUACUCAUGGAGGACGAAGUCAUGCGGUUUUUACUACAUACCCGCCAUCAUGCGGAUUCAGUCCGGAAUUUUUCACUCGAGAGGGUGGCGAAAUUUACGUUGCGGGUUACAAUCCUGAUUUGUCGCUUCCAUCAUGUGUGGAAGAUGUACAUCGACUUCGAGAUCCAGCGGAGAUGCAGAAGCUGAAAAGUGUUGUGAUCUGCUUACUUGGUGAUCUAACACAGGGUUCAGAGUCUACCGAUGAUGUGAAUGUAGAUGAUCUGGAAAUUCUCCGUGAGGGUCUAUGCUUCCGACCUGUAAGUAAGAAGGAUGUUCCAACUAUUGGAAGAAUCGAAGACGCUUGUUUGGGUGAUGAUAUGCAUGCUAAUGCUGGUGGUGUUUAUAUUGCUGCUGGACAUGGGCCAUGGGGAAUCUCACUAGGUCUGGGAACUGGCAAAGUUGUCAGUGAAAUGAUCAAGGGGGAGCGUACAUCUGCGGAUGUGAGGGAACUCGUGCCAGUGAAUAACUGA